AUGGAUAAGGCUGCUCACAUCAACCUCUUAUUAGUUUUAUGGACACCGCCAGCUAUGUCUACCAAGAAAUGCAUUCGGUUCAUUCCAUCAAUAAAACCAGCUAUUUCAUUGUACAAAGCACGUAAUUUGUGCCAGGUACCGGUAUCGUAUACGAAAGUAUCAUCAGUUAAAAGUAUUUCUCUGUUUGUAACCGAACAAAGGUUAUUGAUGCCUGUAAAUAUAAUUUUAGUGCACAGCAUCUCGUUUAAUGAUCAGGUUAAUAAAAAAUUAUCAUUUUAUGAUACUAUUCCACCUGUUUUCAGGUUGUUUAGAGAUUUGAUCCCCAUAACAGAUAUGGACAACCUUAGCAAUACCAGUUUUAAUCAUUAAAAAUGCUCAAUAUCUGCUCAGUCAACUGCUCAAUACGUAAAAUGGCUAGCCUAGUCUCGGACGUACCGUAU